AAGGAAGUGCAAACAAACUGGGCUGAAAGUUUCUUUGUCCAAACCCAGCCUCUUCUUCCUGUGAUGUCAUAUUACAAAUCUAGGAAGCCUUUCUUUUUCACUUCAGAGAAAGCGACCUCAAGAUACAGCUGGCAACUGAGGAAAAGGCCUCAAUUCAGCAAGAGCUAACAAGCUUGGGAAUUUAUUUCGGAAUCUUUAAAAGACUCUUCUGCUUACCCACCAUCUGGGAUCCACUGCAGGAAAACAAAAAAGGAAAACUUCAUUUAAAAGAAGCAAGAAGUAAAAUGGGACAAAUUGGGAAUGUUUAAGUCUGAAACUCUGCACUGAAAAGAAAAUACGAUUGAUAACUUAAGCUUAACAUUCUGAGGCAUGAAGAAACAUUAACCUUGGAGUAUUCAUCUUGACUACUGAAAUACAAAUUUAGAAGACAAGUGGUUUCCUUCUGGUCACAGAUCACAGCUUUUCUUUAAAUUUAUGAUUCUAUGGGUUGGCCUCGUUGACUGUGUUUUUUAAAGGUUGCUCAUCAGUUAACUGAGCCUUGGAAUUCAUGGAUUUUCUAAAGACUAACAAAUGAAAAUAUUUUCCUGUUGAAGAACCCAGCGGAAAUUUUACAGCAACAAAUUUCAUGUUUCUUUUGGAUAUUUCUGAGGAAAAGGAAAUAUUUAUAAAACCAUCCAAAGAUCCAGAUAAUUUGCAAAUAAAUUGGAGGUUAUAGAGGUUAUAAUCUGAAUACCAAAGGAGACUGCAGCUGAUGAAAGUGCUUCCAAACUGAAAAUUGGACGUGCCUUUACGAUGGUAAGCGUUAACAGCUCCCACUGCUUCUAUAAUGACUCCUUUAAGUACACUUUGUAUGGGUGCAUGUUCAGCAUGGUGUUUGUGCUUGGGUUAAUAUCCAAUUGUGUUGCCAUAUACAUUUUCAUCUGCGUCCUCAAAGUCCGAAAUGAAACUACAACUUACAUGAUUAACUUGGCAAUGUCAGACUUGCUUUUUGUUUUUACUUUACCCUUCAGGAUUUUUUACUUCACAACACGGAAUUGGCCAUUUGGAGAUUUACUUUGUAAGAUUUCUGUGAUGCUGUUUUAUACCAACAUGUACGGAAGCAUUCUGUUCUUAACCUGUAUUAGUGUAGAUCGAUUUCUGGCAAUUGUCUACCCAUUUAAGUCAAAGACUCUAAGAACCAAAAGAAAUGCAAAGAUUGUUUGCAUUGGCGUGUGGUUAACUGUGAUCGGAGGAAGUGCACCCGCCGUUUUUGUUCAGUCUACCCACUCUCAGGGUAACAAUGCCUCAGAAGCCUGCUUUGAAAAUUUUCCAGAAGCCACAUGGAAAACAUAUCUCUCAAGGAUUGUAAUUUUCAUCGAAAUAGUGGGAUUUUUUAUUCCUCUAAUUUUAAAUGUAACUUGUUCUAGUAUGGUGCUAAAAACUUUAAAUAAACCUGUUACAUUAAGUAGAAGCAAAAUAAACAAAACUAAGGUUUUAAAAAUGAUUUUUGUACAUUUGAUCAUAUUCUGUUUCUGUUUUGUUCCUUACAAUAUCAAUCUUAUUUUAUAUUCUCUUGUGAGAACACAAACAUUUGUUAAUUGCUCAGUAGUGGCAGCAGUAAGGACAAUGUACCCAAUCACUCUCUGUAUUGCUGUUUCAAACUGUUGUUUUGACCCUAUAGUUUACUACUUUACAUCGGACACAAUUCAGAAUUCAAUAAAAAUGAAAAACUGGUCUGUCAGGAGAAGUGACUUCAGAUUCUCUGAAGUUCAUGGUGCAGAGAAUUUUAUUCAGCAUAACCUACAGACUUUAAAAAGUAAGAUAUUUGACAAUGAAUCUGCUGCCUGAAAUAAAACCAUUAGGACUCACUGGGACAGAACUUUCAAGUUCCUUCAACUGUGAAAAGUGUCUUUUUGGACAAACUAUUUUUCCACCUCCAAAAGAAAUUAACAUAUGGACAUUUUAAAGUCUUUAGUGUAAAGAAAAUUUGUAUUCAAUGUGUUAAGCAUUAACAUGUAUUUUAUUUGUGUAUCCACUCCAUCUGAUUUUUCUGAGCCAUUUUGAUUUGUUCCUUCAUUAAAAAAACUCUUAAAGUUAUUUAGUGUCUAAAAGUGACUGAUUUAAAUUAUGUGGUGACAAUCUGUAAUGUCUUUGAAUUCCUUUUUAUAUUAAAUGAUUUAAUUUACUAAA